AUUUCUCGCAUAUGACGAAUGCAGGGGAGAACCGGGUGUGUCUUUCUCACUAACACACAAAUUUCUGCAUUCAUGUGUGUGUGGGUUGGGCGGUAGAGUGGAGUUUUCUCAUACUAGCCUAUAACUACCAGACGGAGGCAUUGUGUGACAUAAACAAAGAGAAGAAGAUGCACUAUUACAGAUAUGAAAAUGCAGAAGUCAGCUGUUGCUACAAAUACCUCAUGUUCAGCUACAACAUUAUCUUUUGGCUUGCCGGAACAGCAUUCAUUGCAGUUGGCUUCUGGGCCUGGAGUGAAAAGGGUGUACUGUCAGAUCUGACACAAGUAACACGUCUACAUGGUUUUGACCCUGUUUGGGGCGUGCUUGUGGUGGGCACAGUCACAUUUGUUUUGGGCUUCGCAGGGUGUGUUGGAGCCCUCAGGGAAAACAUCUGCCUCCUUAAGUUUUUCUCUGGAGUCAUUGGGUUUAUCUUCUUCCUGGAGCUGACGGCUGCGGUGCUGGUAUUUGUGUUCCAGGGGCAAGUUAGGGGAUGGAUCAAUGAUUUCUUCUUGGCCAAUGUAAAGGCUUACAGGGAAGACAUUGACCUACAGAACUUGAUUGACUCCAUUCAGAGACUAAAUCAUUGCUGUGGAGCUAAAGACCCCAACGACUGGGAUCUGAAUGUGUAUUUUAACUGCUCAAUGAGUAAUCCCAGCAGAGAGAAAUGUGGAGUGCCUUUUUCCUGCUGCCUCGGUGACCCUGCUGAUACAGUGGUGAACACACAGUGUGGAUAUGAUGUUAGAUCAUCUGGCAAAUUGUCCCAGUGGAGCAGCACCAUUUAUGUCAAAGGAUGCAUCACAGCUUUAGAGGACUGGCUUCCACGGAAUCUCUACAUUGUGGCAGGAGUCUUCAUAGUCAUAUCACUUCUACAGAUGGUGGGAAUCUUCUUGGCAAGGACGUUGAUUGGAGACAUUGAAAAGGAGGGACUGGUGCACUUCACAAAAUAGAUGGCAUCAUGAGGAAGGAAAAUUAUGUGGAUAUAUUGAAGCAACAUCUCAAGACAUCAGCCAAGAAGUUAAAGUUCGGUUGCAAAUGGAUCUUCCAAAUGGACAGUGACCCCAGCAUACCCCCAAAGUUGUGGUAAAAUGGCUUAAGGACAACAGAGUCAAGGUACUGGAGUGGCCAUCACAAAGCCCUGACCUCAAUCUGAUUGAAAAUUUGUGGGCAGAACUGAAAAAGUGUGUGCGAGCAAGGAGGCCUACAAACCUGACUCGGUUACAUCAGUUCUGUCUGGAGGAAUGGGCCAAAAUUCCAGCAACUUAUUGUGAGAAGCUUGUGGAAAGCUACCCAAAACAUUUGACCCAAGUUAAACAAUUUAAAGGCAAUGCUGCCAAACACUAAUUAAGUGUAUGUAAACUUCUGACCCACUGGGAAUGUGAUGAAAGAAAUAAAAGCUGAAAUAAAUAAUUCUCUCUAUUAUUAUUCUGACAUUUCAUAUUCUUAAAAUAAAGCAGUGAUCCUAACUGACCUAAGACAGGGAAUUUUUUUCUAUAAUUAAAUGUCAGGAAUUUUGAAAAACUGAGUUUAAAUGUAUUUUGCUAAGGUGUAUGUAAACUUCUGACUUCAACUGUAUUUUAUCUUUUUAUUGGACCACCUCUGACCAAGCCGUUGUAUAUUUUGGGACCACUAAUAACCAAUCAAACUGGAAACAUGAUGGGAUCUUACAUAACAGACCAUAACCUUUAAUGUAACCUGAGAUGUAAUUAUUAUCAUGACCAAAAGCGGCUUGGUCAACCAAACUUUAAUUACUGAAACAUUUGUAUGAUCCUCUUGCACACUUUCCAAAACAUUGUGUCAAGGCUUUUCUGUUGAUAACUGAAUUAUGAAUUAGUACAAAAGCACAGUUUGUUCAAAGAAGGUGGGGUGACAUACUUUAGGCUUCGAAGUAAGUUUCUACAGUAAUUUUUCAUCGGAUAAAAUAAGGCAUGAAUCAUCUCCAUUUAUAGAAAUUUGUCUAACUGUGGACAGAUGAAUAUCUGUCUCUUCGAGAUAACUUUGUAACUCCUUCCAGCUUUAUACAAAGCAAUAAUUCUUGAUCGUAGGUCUUCUGAAAUCUCUUUUUUUUUUUUUUUUUUUUUUGGCGAGGUAUGGUCCACAUCAGCAGAAAUGUUUGUGCUUUUUAUAAGUCAAAGUAGCUCUAACCCACACCUCCAAUCUCAUUUCAUUUAUUGGAUGCCAGGUUUGUCAACUCCUGACUGCAAUUAGCUUUUGUUUAGCUUAGGGCAGUGGUUCCCAACCCUGUUGCUGGAGGCCCCCCAACACUACACAUUUUGGAUAUCUCCCUAAUCAGACACACCUGAUUCAACUCAUCAGCUCAUUAGUGGAGACUCCAAGACCUUAAUUGGGAGAUAUACAAAAUGUGCAGUUUUGGGGGGCCUCCAGGAACAGAUUUGGGAACCAUUGGCCUAUAGGGUUCACAUACUUUUUUCAAUCUACACUGUGAAUGUUUGAAUGAUGUAUUCAAUAUGUACAAGAACAAAACAAUAAUCUGUGUGUUAUUAGUUAAAAAAGAUAACUAAUGUAGUCACCAUAUGUUGUUUUCUAGAGUACAGAUGUCAUUGCCUUGAUAUGCCAACUCUUACCUCAUUGUUUCUACUUUUGCCUGGUGAAAAUGCACAAAUGCAGGUUGUGCCUUUUCUCUGGCAUUUCAGAUUUCAGAAAUGUAUAUUGUUCUAUGCAUUACCUGAAAUAUUGUAACUAUUAGAUUAUUGUUCUAUUAGAAUGCUAGUUCUUUUUAUUAUGAAAUUGCCUCAAAUCAAUGAAUGUCAAUAAUUCCAUAUCAGGUAAUACUUUCUGUAUCAAAUUGUAAACCCAACUGCCAUUAGAACAAAUUCCUAUUUACAACACAUAACAUAAAAGAUGAAGUGUGUAAUUUCUACGACACUAGUGUCGCCAAACUGAUUUUUAAAUUUUGCCCCAAACUCACACCAUUGAGCCAAUGUUGCUGUGUCGAGCUGGAUGGGAUGCUCAAACAAACAGGAAAGCUUUAAUAAUGACACGAAUCCACAGUCUUAAACUUUUAGGUGAAAUCAACCUACAAUUGGCUUACCUAUAACUGACACUGCAUAUUGUGCUGGGAAAAAAAUGCAACAUAAAAAAUUUACAUCAGAUUUAACAUAAUCUUCACCCUUGGAUUAGACAAAACACGAUAUGGAUUCUGAUAAAAAUAUGAAAGCCUGCCUGUGUUUACCUCUCCUCUCUAUAGCCCAAAGACUCCUACUGUGCAGACUUCUGGCUUUCUUUUAACAGUUCUGUUGUUGUAUACUUGUGUAAUAUGACCUCUAAAAGAAAAUGAUGAAAAAAAAAAAAGUUAAUCUUCUCAAUGCAGAUUGCACUAUUUUGUCAAUAUUUUUGGAGUGUCUGUGCACCUGUGUAGUGUUAAAGGAAUAUAUUUCACCCUUCAAACCCAAAUUACUUCAUGUCUUCUGUUAAAUACAAAAGAUGUUUGGAAGAAUGUUCAAUCUUAGUCGCCAUUCACCUGUCACAUCUGGGUGAAUAAAUGAUGACAGAAUUUUCAUUUUUGGGUGAACUAUCCUUUUAAAUCUUUAUAGAGUAUUUAAUAAAACGCAGUACAGUUUCCCUUAAUCUUGCUGCAAGAACCUCUUUAUUCAUGAAGGGACAUUCUGUGUGUGUGUUGGAGAUGUAAUUUUUUGUUGAAUGUGUUAUAUCUUUGUAAAUAUUAUUUUAAUUUUCAUAUUCAAUAAAAAAUAAGUUUGACCUUA